AUGCCAUUGUUGCGCCGGGCUUCGACGGAGAAGAAGAUCGGAGAUGGAGUCGGCCGACGAUGUAGAGGUUCGUUUUUUUUGGACGGAGAGUUCGUCGCUUCAAACGGGCGGCGACAGAGCUUUGCUCGUGUGGCGAACGAGGCGCGAAAUUGGCGAAGAACGACGGAGGGAAGAAAUCCCAAUUACUUUCUUCUCAAAACCCUAAUUGUAAUUGUCCACCGCCGCCCCCUCUUUUACGGUGAGGCGGGCCUCCGCACCCACCGGGCCGUCUUUGGCUAUGUCACGGUCGGGAUUCUCUUUUCUGCCCCUUUGGAGUCUGGUGGAUGUUUUGGCCGGCUUCAAGUUUUGCCGCUCUGUCAAUGGCCACGACUUUGGAGGGGGCUCUUUUCUUCUUCUUUUUUCUCCUCCGCUUUCGGCUCCUCAUCUUUCUCCUCCUCCUGGACUGUGGCUAGCGGCGGCGGGGCGGAGAACUCGCGGAGUAAAUUCGGAGGUUUUAGCCUCUUAAGAAGCUUCGUCCUCCUCCUUAUCCUCUUCCGCAUAUUUCUCCGAAGAUUUCUCCGUCCUCAUCCUUAA